AUGUCGGAACGAAAACGCGUAUGUGACCUCCGUGUAAUAGAUCUACGCGCUGAGCUCGAAAAGCGCAACUUGGAUAAAAGCGGUGUUCGCAAUGUGCUCAUACAACGCUUAUCAAAGCAUUUAGAAGAGCAAGGACUUGAUCCAGCUACAUUUACAUUUGAGUUGAGUACAACUGAAGUAAAAACACCGUCCAAAAGAACAAGGCGUUCUGAAAGUUCAGUAGGGGUAGCAGAGUCGGAAGAUAAUCCCGCUAUGGAAGAUAUGAUCGUCCAGGAUACUGCUGGAGAAGAAGAAGAAUCGGAAAAUGCUUUGACGGAGAAUAACACCAAAUCAGUCAAGGAAUCUCCAAAAAAAUCUGAUGAAACUAUGGAAACAGACGAAAGUGAAAAAUUAAGUAGGAAACGUGAGAGUAAAGAUGAAACCGAAGCUACUGAAGCAAAAAAACAAUGCUUAGACAAAGAUGUUAAAAAUGAUGAAGAUCACAAAACUGAAAAUAACACUGAUGCUGAGGACAGUAUUAAUUUAGACAUUGGUGAUGAUGAACUUUUAAAUGAAGAGACUGACAACACAGCUAAGACUAAGAAAGAUGACGCCGUGCGGGACGAACCUGCGGGGCCUUCGAGCGACGAGCCAGUGCAGGACUCCACAGCCGACGCAGCAUCGUCAGAAAAUCAACAAGUAACCACCGAAGCAACAACCACUAGCAAUGAUACUGUGAAAAAUGAGAAAGAUGAAAAAGAUGAAAAAGAGAAAGAAGGGGAUAAUGAUAAAAGGGAAAAGAAAGACGAGAGCAAAGAGGGUGGUGCUCGUAAUCUUUGGGUUAGUGGCCUAUCAGGUGACACAAGGGCUAAAGACUUAAAGCAGCUAUGUAGCAAGCAUGGCAAGGUAAUUGGCGCAAAAGUCGUGACAAAUGCACGAACCCCAGGAUCUCGUUGCUAUGGUUAUGUUACUAUGGCUAGUGCACAAGAUGCUGAAAAUUGUAUUAAAAACUUACACAGAACAGAGCUACAUGGACGUAUGAUAUCGGUUGAGAAAGCAAAGUCGGAGUCGGAAUCAUCCUCAAGACGUCAACCCUCCGUGCGCCCCGAGCGUCGCUCCAGCAAGGACCGCAAGGACGACUUGAAAGAUAAUCCGGAAGCUAAAGAUGGAGCAGAAAAAAGUGGAGAAACAAAGCAGAAGAAAGAGGGUGAGAUUUCUGGCGCAGAAAGUACGAGGUCAACAUCUCGUACGCGAGAAAAGUCACAUAGAUCUGAUAAGGAAAAAGUACGACGCAGUUCGAGGAGUCGCGAACGUAGACGAUCACCAAGGGAAGUGCUAUCAUUUUCCAAAAUAUGGAAAGAGCGUGACGUGGCGCGCGCCCGCGAGCGGUCCCGCGCCGCGCGCGAGGAGGAGCGCCGCCGCCGCGCCGCCGAGGACGCGCUGCGCGAGCGCGAGCGCCGCCAGCGCCAAGAGAAGCACCGGCUCGCGCUCGAGCGGGAGAAGCUGCGCGCGGAGAGAGAGAAAAUUGAACGAGAAAAGAAUGAACUGCUCAGAUUAGAACGCGAAAGACACAGAUUGGAACGCGAGAAGCUAGAAUUGGAAAGACUUGAACUGAAGAGGGCCCAGUUAAGGCUGGAAGAGGAGCGACGCAAGCGCGGCUACGAGAGCAGCGCGUACCGCAAGGCCGCCAGCCCGCCGCCCGAGCCCGCCUACGAGCGCGACUCGCGCCACAAGCGCCCGCCGCCGCCGCCUAUGGCAACAAGUCGCAGUCAGUUCGAAGCGCCACCGCCGCCUCGUUUCGAAAUGACGGCGGCGUACGAGCGCGGCGCGGACAAACGUGAACGCGACCGCGACUAUAAGCGCGACUAUCCGCGACAUGUUUCUUCUAGCAACAUAAAAUACCCAAGCAAUGGCAGUACUACUGAAGAUGCACGACAACAAUUACCACCAGGAACUAGGCCAAAAGAACCAAACCGAUCAUAUGAUACCCGCGAAGGCCGCUCUUAUCGCCCAUCACCCCCCGGUAAACCAGAAGCAAGGAGCUGGAAUGCAUCAAGUCGAUACACCGAUGCAACUGCACCUUCCAAAGGUAGCGGCACGAGCGGCGGCGAGGCGUGGACGGGCGGCGAGGCGCGGUACGGCGGCGCGUACGAGGCACGCUACCCGCCCGCCUACGCGCCGCCGCCCGCCGCGCCCUACGCCGACCGCUACCCGCCCGCCACGCGCGACUACCCACGCAAGUAC